ACAGGGGCCCUAUAGGAGCCCAUAGGGGCUCUACGAGGCCCUAUAGGAGCCCGUAGGGGCUCUACGGGCCCCUAUAGGAGCCCAUAGGGGAUCUAUGAGGGCCUAUAGGAACCCAGAGGUGAUCUGUGAAGGCCUAUAGAAGCCCAUAGGGGAUCUACAAGGCUCUAUAGAAGCCCAUAGGGGAUCUAUGAGGGCCUAUAGGAGCCCAUAGGGGAUCUACAAGGCUCUAUAGAAGCCCAUAGGGGAUCUAUGAGGGCCUAUAGGAGCCCAUAGGGGAUCUACGAGGCCCUAUAGAAGACUUUAGAGGAUCUACCAGGCCCUAUAGGCGUCCAUAGGAGCUCUACAAAGCCAUAUAGGAACCCACAGAAGAUAUAUGGGGGACUAUAGGAGCUCAUAAGAUGGUCUGCUGAGGUCUAUAAGGCUCUAUAGGAGCCAUACUGGGUCUAUAGACAUUUACAAUGGGCUAUAGGGGUCUGUAUAUGGUCAGCAGGGGGUUGUAGACAAUUUACAGUAAAGCUGUAGGUAUCUAUAGGGGUCUAUAAGAGCUUAUAGACUGUAAAGGUCUACAGGAGCUGGUAGAGGAUCUAUAGGGGUGUGUAGGACGUAUAGCCAUGUGUAAGGGCGUAUGGGAGCCCAUAAAGGGGUCUAUAAGGGUCUAUAGGAGCCCUUAUGGGGUCUAUAGAGAGUUCAGACAGACUCGUAGCGGGGAUUGAGGGGGCUGCAGUGGCCCGUAAAGGAUCCAUAGGGAGCUGUAGGGGCCCCCAGGGGGUCGGGGAGGCGGGGGGGGGCUGCAAUGGCUCCAUGUGGGGUUAUCGGUGUUCUAUAGGAUCCCGUAGAAAACUUCAGAGGGGUUACGGGGGUCCUUCGGGGGAGCUGUACGGAGCUAUAGGGGCUGCUGGGGAAUCCAUAGGGGCCCACAGGGCACGGGGGGGGGGGGGGGGGGGGCAUAAAGGAGGCUGUCAGGUGCCUCCGGGGGCCCAUGGGGCAUUUGGGAGCAGCUUUUGGGGACCUAUAGGGGCGUGGGGCCGCCGGGGGGGUCUGUGGGGCGCAGCAGGUGUCUCUGGGGACGUAUAGGGGCUGCGGGGAUCUAUAGGGUGCCUAUAGGCCCCUCCGGGCAUGUAUGGGGCCGGCGGGCGGACGGACCCUGGCGGCCCCCCGGCGCCUGCGGCGCUGGAAUCUGCCCCCGCCCCCGGCCUAAUCCCGGUGACACUUUAACCAAAAGAGCCGCUUUUCGCCUUAUAUAACGGGGCCGGCGGCCGGGGGGACCCCGGGGACGGGGACGUCACCCCGCAGAGCCCAGGUGCUGCAGACGGUGCUGCUGUCGGUGCCCAUCCUGCUCAUGGCCAGCCACAACCUCCUGCAGAACUUCACCGCCGCCGUCCCCCCACACCACUGCCGCGUCCCCAGCGCCACCCCCGCUGCCACCCACGGUCCCAGUGCCACCCCCGGCCUCCCCAGUGCCACACCGGGGCCGCCCGGUGCCACCAUCAGGUCUCCUGGUGGCACCUUGAGGUCUUCCAAUGGCACCUUGAGGUCCUCCAACGCCAUCCCAAGGUUCCCUGAUGGCACCUCAAGGUCCUCCAAUGGCACUUUGAGGUCCUCCAACACCAUCCUGAGGUCCCCAGAUGGUACCGUGGGGUCCCCCGAUGGCACCCACGUCCCCAGUGCCGCCCACGUCACACUUGACGGCACUCUGGAGUCCCCCGAUGGCACCCGUGUUCCUCCUGAGGCCACCCUUGGGUCUUCCAAUGACACCCUGGGGCCUUCUGAGGCCACCCUGGGGUGGUCUAACAGCACCCUGGGCCCCUCUGAAGCCACCCUGGGGUCCUGCUGGCGCUACGUGGCCUCGGCCCCACCCAACGGCAGCAGCGGCCCCCGGCCCACUGAGCCCUGCCACGACGGCUGGGACUACGACCUCAGCAUCUACGUGGCCACCAUCGUCACUGAGUGGGACCUGGUCUGCAGUUACCGGCAGCUCCGGCAGAUGGCCCAAUCCAUCUACAUGGCUGGGGUCCUGGUGGGAGCCCUGGUCCUGGGGGGCCUCUCGGACAAGUUUGGGCGCAAGGCCAUGCUGAUGUGGUCCUACCUGCAGCUGGGGGUGAUGGGGACGUGCACGGCCUUCGCCCCCAACUAUGCGUCCUACUGCGUCUUCCGCUUCGCCGGAGGCAUGGCCCUCUCCGGCUUCGGCCUCAGCAUCGCCUGCCUGGUGGUGGAGUGGAUCCCCACGCCCUACCGUGCCAUCACCGUGGCCAUCACCGGCUUUGCCUACACCCUGGGCCAGAUCCUGCUGGCCGGCCUGGCCUACGCCGUCCCCCACUGGCGUUGGCUCCAGCUCACCGUCUCCCUGCCCUUCUUUGUCUUCCUCCUCUACUCCUGGUGGCUGGCUGAGUCCGCUCGUUGGCUGGUGCUCUCGGGGAAGGCUGAGAGGGCCGUGAAGGUCCUGCAGCGGGUGGCCAGGAUCAAUAAGAAGAAGGAGGAAGGGGAGAAGAUCACGGUGGAGAACCUGAGGUCCAACAUGAAGGAGGAGUUGGCCGGUCUGAAGUCCUCCUACACCGUCUCCGACCUGGUUCGGACCCCGGUCAUCCGCCACAUCUUCUUCUGCCUCUCCAUUGUCUGGUUCUCCAUCAGUUUCUCGUACUACGGGCUGGCCAUGGAUCUGCAGAACUUCGGCGUCAGCAUUUACCUCAUCCAGGUGAUUUUCGGUGCCGUCGACUUCCCAGCCAAAGUGGUGGUGACCGUCUCCCUCAGCUACAUCGGCCGGCGGGUGUCCCUCAUGGUGGCCCUCUUCUUCGCAGGGCUGGUCAUCAUUGCCAACAUCUUUGUCCCCACAGAGCUGCAGACGGUGCGCACGGCGCUGGCCGUCAUUGGCAAGGGCUGCCUCUCCGCCUCCUUCAACUGCGUCUUCCUCUACACCACCGAGCUUUAUCCCACUCCCAUCAGGCAGACCGGGUUGGGCUUCGGCAGCACCAUGGCCCGGGUGGGCGGCAUCGUGGCACCGCUGGUGAAGAUGAUGGAUGAGUACUACCCCUUUCUCCCCCCCGCCGUCUAUGGGGUGGCCCCCGUGGUGGCGGCCGUGGCAGCUGGCUUCCUGCCGGAGACCCUCAAUGCACCGCUGCCCGACACCAUCGAGGAGGUGGAGAGCAGGGCCAAGCAGAAGAAGACAGCCAACCUCAAAGAGAAGAUCCCCCUGCAGCCCCAGGACAAGGCCCCACCAAAGGAGCCCUGAAGGACCCGGAUAAGGGCGGCGCUCCUGGCGGGUUCCUGCAGCCCUGGUUUGGGGGUGGGCUUGAAUUCACCGCGUGCCCCACGUCAGGUGGCUUCCCCGUGUGGGGCAGGGGAAGUCCUCGGAGGAAUAAAGGAGCU